AUGGCGGGCCGCUUUGUGCGAGCGUCGAAAUAUCGACACGUCUUUGGCAAGCCGACCCGGAAGGAGUUCUGCUACGAUAAUCUUCACAUCAGCCGAAAUGCCUGGGAUACCAACUUGGUGAAGGCCAACCCCGACUACCUCUCCGUCAAUUGGGAUGCCGGCGGUGGCGGCGCUUUCGCUGUCAUCCCCCUUGGCGAGAAGGGAAAGGUGCCCGACCAGAUCCCGCUGUUUCGAGGCCAUACCGCCACCGUCUUGGAUACCGACUGGAACCCCUUCAACGACCGCGUGAUUGCUUCUGGAUCUGAGGAUGGAAAGGUCUUCCUCUGGCAGGUUCCCGAGAACUUCACCCUCUACACCGAUGCCGACGAGCCCGCCGAUGUCUCCCCCGUCAGCAAGCUCGCUGGCCACUCGAGAAAGGUCGGCCAGGUCCAGUUCAACCCCGCUGCGGAAAACAUUCUCGCGUCCGCAUCCGGCGACUUUACGAUCAAGCUCUGGGACAUCACCACCGGCUCGCCCACCCACACCCUGAAGCACAACGACAUCGUCCAGAGUCUGUCGUGGAACGCCAGCGGCUCCAUGUUGGUCACGACAUCUCGCGACAAGAAGAUCCGCGUAUGGGAUGUGCGCGCCGAGAAGCCGGUCCACGAGGCCCCUGGCCACCCGGGCGCCAAGAACAGCAGAGCUGUCUGGAUGGGCGAGCACAACCGUUUCGCCACGGCUGGUUUCUCGCGCAUGAGCGAGCGUCAGCUUGCGCUGUGGGAGCCUGGCCGCAGUGAGCCGAUUGGAGGUUUCAGCAUGCUUGACUCCAUCUCUGGUGUCAUCAUGCCUUUCUGGGAUGACGGAUCCAACUGCUUGUAUCUUGCUGGCAAGGGCGACGGCAACAUCCGAUACUACGAGUACGAGAACGACAAGUUCGAAUACCUGAGCGAGUACAAGUCCGCCGAGCCCCAAAGAGGCAUUGCUUUCGUUCCCCGUCGUGGCAUUAACGUGCACGAGAACGAGGUCAUGAGAGCCUACAAGACGGUCAACGAUAGCUACAUCGAGCCCAUCUCUUUCACCGUCCCCCGUAGAGCCGAAACCUUCCAGUCCGAUAUCUUCCCCCCUGCUACUGGCCUCAAGCCUGCCGUCAGCGCCAAGGAUUGGCUCGAUGGCAAGACUGGCAUUCCCUCCAAGAUCGACUUGGAGAGUGUGUACGAGGGUACCGCCCCGAAGGAGGUUGCCUCUGACUACAAGCCUCCCGUGAUCGCCUCGGCUCCUCCUCCAGCUGCAAAGCCUGCGCCAAAGCCCGCCCCCGCUCCGGAGCCUACUCCGGUGGCACGCUCACCCCCUCCCUCAAUGAAGGAGCAGCAGGCCUCCAUGUCCAACAUGGCCAACAAGUUCAAGGAUGACGAGCCUGCUGAGCCUGAGGAUGAGGACGACGACUCAAGCUUUGAGGAGGUACAAAGACCAGCUCAGCGCGCCGCGGCCCCUGCUGCAGCUCCUGCUCCUGUCCGUGCCGAGCCGGCUAAGAUUCCCUCGCCUAUCAAGGCCGCCUCCCCUGCUCAAGUCAAGUCGCCUCCCGCACAACAGUCCCCUGUCAAGCCCGCAUCUGCCAACUCACCUGCAUCCUCGACGCACAUUGAGUCAUCUCUGGAUCAGAUCAGACAGAUGCUCGAGCAGCAGACCAAGCUCAUUGGCAAGCAGAACGACAAGAUUAGCAAGUUGUCGGACGAAGUCGAGGGGCUGAAGCGCAAGGUGAACGCUGGCGGGUCUCAGGAUCAGAGCGAGAGGAUCAGACAAUUGGAGCUGGAACUUGAGGCCGCGCGGUCUUAG